AUGGAUAGCCAUUGGUAUUUCCCAUCGCGCUACGCGCAGAAAACGGAAACGGUGCCGUCUCGGAAGGUGGUGUCGAUCCCGGUCAAAUUCGUCGGAUCGGGCGGUCGGAGCAGGUCGGACUCGGCGUUGAAGAUCCAGAAGGCGUUCCGGGGGUUCCUGGUGAGGAGGAGCGUCAGGAAGAUCGCGGCGAUGAGGCGCGAGGUCGAGGAGAUGGAGAGGAAGGUUUCGGAGGAGUCGACGGUGGAGUCGAUUCGGAGCGAUCAGAAGGAGAGGCUGAGGGUGAAUGAGGCGCUGAUGAGCUUGCUCUUCCGGUUGGACUCGGUGAGAGGUGUGGACUCGGCGGUUAGGGAUUGCCGUAAGGCCGUGAUCAGAAGGGCGAUCGCGUUGCAGGAGCUGGUGGACGCGAUCGUCGCUGGCGACGGGGAACGAAUCCUAGGUUCGUCCAGUGAAGAAAUUGCCGGAGCUGUUAAUCAAACCCUAGAAGCUCCCAAAGCGGAUAAUGGUCAAGCCUCUGAGACUGAAAUUUCUGCUGCUGAUUUAGUCGAUAAUUGCUGCGAUUUACGUGAGAAUUGUGAAACUUUGGAGGAGUUGAAGACUCAAGUUGUUGAUUCCAUACCUAAUUCUGUUGAUUCUAUGCCUAAUCCGAGUGAGGCUAGUGAUGCAGAUUGUGAGAAUUCGGAUAAGGUGGAUUUGGGUGGAGUUGAUGAAGUAGGUAUCGAAACGAAGGCGAAUCGAAGCGAAGAAAUUGCUGAGAGCGUGGGGAAGAGUCAGAGUGAGAGCGAAUCUGGGUCCUCUGCGGAUCCUGAGAGUUUGGUUGAAGGAGUUGAAGAAAAUUCAACAAAGCAAGAGGAGGGAAUGGAGAUUGUUGGACCUGAGAGAAAAGAAGAAGUGGGUGGUGUCAGAGAAGAUUGUGGUGGAGCUGGGGGAAGAGAGGAGAGCAAGGGGGGCAGGGAGCUUAUGGAGAGGAUGAUGGAGGAUAAUGAGAGAAUGAUGGGUUUGAUGACUGAGCUCUUUGAGAGGAAUGAAAUGCAGACUAGAUUGCUGAGCUCGCUGUCGCAGCGGGUGGUGCAGCUGGAGAGGGCCUUCAUGUGUGAGAAGUUGAGAAGGAAGAAGAAGAAGAGCCACGCUGAUGGGGCUGUAGAUGUCCUGGAAAAAUUUCCCGACACGAGGAAGUCCGGUAAGAUAUAG